UAGUCGAAUAGAAAUAAAAUGUGUCACAAAUUUAGUUUCAUUGUUUUUAGCAUAAUAUUGCUGGCGUUUAGUGCGGUCAACGCUGAGACGAGAGUUAAGCAAUGCAAAGACAAGAGCAAACCCUUUCCCUUAAUGGUAAAUAUUGAUGGUUGUGAGCAAAUACCUUGCGAUGUUUAUAAAGGUCGGACCGUUGUUAUGCAAGUGCAUUUUGUCAGCACCAAGGACAAUAUACAUGAGUUGACCGCAAAAUGUUAUGCCACAGCUUUGGGUAUAACGGUGCCAUAUGAGUUGCCUGAUGAUGUCGCAGACGUGUGUCACAAUCUCCUACAUCAAGCCAUGUGUCCGCUCUAUGCCACUGAGGAUGUAGUCUAUGAUUUUCAAUUUUAUGUUGAUCAUUAUUAUCCUGAAAUUCCAGCAACAAUUGAACUGAAUCUUGUCGAUAAAGAUAAUGAGGUAAUCACCUGCUUUAGUGCGAGUAUACGUGUGCAUAAAGGAACUGCCGGACCGCUAUUAUUGAAGCAUAAUUCGAACAAUACUUUAAUUUAGUAACGAUUUUUGUUCGAAAUUGUUGUUUGGC